AUGAAGCUAUCUUCGGUAUCUACACUACUAUUGUUGGCCUCGGCUGCAGAGGCAUUCGCCCCUACAAAGUUGGCCUCUCGUCCAACGACUACGACUACCGCUCGUUCGUUAAUGGUGGACCCAACUCCGCUUCAAGACAUCUUCUCUUCGAUCUCCUUGGCGGAUGCUGCUGAUGCCGUCGCCGAUGUUGGCGGUGCCGCUGCCGAUGCCGCCGCUCAAUCCUCGAAUGGAUGGUUUGGUUUCUUGACUGGACCAAUUAAGGGACUCCUUGAGGUUAUUCACACUGGCCUUGUCAAUGUUGGUGUUAAGGAAAAUGCCUGGGGUAUCACCAUUAUCUCCAUGACUUUGAUCAUCAAAGCUCUUACCUUCCCCUUGACCAAGACUCAAUUGGAGAGUACCAACAAGAUGCAGGCAUUGCAACCCGUCAUCAAGGAUAUUCAAGCUAAGUACCAAAGCAACCCUGAAGUCAUGAACCAAAAGAUUUCGGAGGUUUACCAAACGAACGAAGUCAACCCACUUGCCGGAUGCUUGCCCAGUUUGGCCCAAAUCCCCAUUUUCAUUGGGCUCUACCGCGGUGUCUUGGAUUUGGCCAAGAACAACGCUUUGGACGAACCAUUCCUGUUCCUUCCAAACUUGGAGGGACCCGUCUACGGUGCUGACCCAACCCAAGGAUCUUCUUGGUUGACUGCCAACUGGGUAGAUGGAGCUCCUUCUCUAGGAUGGGACGAUACCCUUGCUUUCUUGGUUCUUCCAGUCUUUUUGGUCAUUUCCCAAUUUGUUUCCAUGGAGCUUAUGCAACCCAAGCAAGAAGGAGAAGCCGCACAACAAUCCAAUGCAGUCCUAAAGUUCUUGCCCCUUAUGAUUGGAUGGUUCUCCCUCAAUGUUCCUGCUGCCCUGUGCAUUUACUGGGUCACCAACAACAUUGUCACAACUGCUACUUCACUUUUGAUUCGCAAUUCCAUGUCCAAUGCCCCACCUGUUGCUGUUUCCGCUGGAUCUGCCGCUUCCGCGCCCCCAAUGACACCAGAAGCAAUCUUUGCUCCUUCACCUUUGAAAGAAAAGGCUUCUGGAUUCGGAUCAGAUCCCGAUGUCACUCCCAUUACUGGUGCUAUUGACGCUGAAGUCAUUGAUAAUGAUUCAGAAGGUGGCGAUGACGCUCCUGGAGCAGGCAUGAUGGCCGAAGCUCCCAGCAGUAAAAAGCGCGGAGGAAAGAAGAAGAAGAGACGAAAGAACUAA